AUGUUUUUCGCCUCCGGCGCCGCGGAGCCCGGAGUUCCUCGGGGCCCCGCGUUGGAGCGGCCGGGGCGGGCGACGCGGACUCAGGCCGCUCGCAGCCAACGGGCAGCUGAAGCGAGGGAGCUAGAGGCCGGCCCGGCGCGGAGGAGGCGCGGGUUCAGAGCCAGUUGGGCCCAGAGUCCUCGCCGAAACUUGCGCCGUCCCGAGCCGCUCCCCCAGAACCUGUCCGCAGGGCUCAGAAGGAGACAUUUGGAAGGUCAUGCAGGAGGGGCCGCGUGGCGGUCCGGCGGGCGCGGGAGGCGGACGGUGUGGCGUGCGCCUCGGGAGCGGGACCGGAGUGGCGCCAGAUACGGCUGGAGAGCGGGCCGGCCUGGCCGCCGAGAAAGUUGCCAACGGCCGCGGCGUUGGCGACAGACUCGCCCGCGCACGAGUGGGGGCGCGUUACGGUUGGAAGGCUCGGGGAAGGUGGCGGUUGCCGGCGGUGCUGGGGAGGCGCGUCGCGUGCGAUUUCACGGCAGGGAGCGUGCGUCGUGA